UCUCCCUUGUCCCGGCCCUAGUGAGACAGGGUUGGCAUCCGCUCUUCGGAGCUACUCGCGAACAUCUGCCGCUGAUUGGGCACGGGAGCAGCCUCGCUGCCGUGACGACCCCUUGGAACCCCUGAUCUCAUCUUAUCUGAUCCGAAGAUAAGCCCGAGUACCGCUUCCGGUCCGCCCAGAUCCUGGAAAAAUGGCCCAAGGCCCACUGAAAGCUUGCAUCAAUGAUGCAUCAUCACCCACUGCCGCCCCACCACAGGCCCGUGUCCACCUUCGGAGCUUCUUCCAAGGUUCUCCUUCAAGGCACACACUCUGUCCUCUCUCCAGCGGUCCCAGACGGUGCGCAGGUACCUUCUUUGUCCACCCAUUCCGAAGUUGAGCGAAAUUUUGUCAAUUUCCCCCACCUUGGGCCAUUAAAUCAUGUCACCGCUUGCUCGAAGCAGCAGACACUCCGCAGUGGCGCAAGCGGGUCUACGCAAUGGACUUGCUCGACCAGGCUCAACGAAAUGUAUUUCGCUUCUGGGGGCCGGGGUAGGGGCAUGAGCAAGGCGACCAGAUCCCCUCUUGACCCCCGGACCUUGACAAGCCUAGAAAGAGCUCUCCGUGGACAGCCCGGUGCUCCCUCCUACGGUAUCAAAAUGGGAGUCUCAGCCACUUUCUGCACACACUCUCCCCCCUUCGCUUCCUCUACGUGACUACGUCAGAGAAGCAGGGUUUCCUCACAUUUUAUCAUUCAUCCCGCUUCGCCUUGCCGCGGGUUUACGUCAAUCACAGUUGUACAACGCGGGAAGAACGCUGUUACCCUCCCACCCAGCCCGCUGGAAGUUCGGAAAACCC